AUGGCGAACUCAAGAUUUGAGUACGUCAAGUCCUUCGAGCAGCCGGACGUGCUGCUCCCCAGUACGUGGAUUGUGGUCCGCAUUGAUGGACGAGGAUUUCACAAACUCUCUGAUCACUACGCUUUCAAGAAACCAAAUGACCGCCGGGCACUGGAUCUGAUGAAUGCUGCGGCAGUUGAAGUCAUGAAAGAGCUUCCAGACCUAUGCAUCGCCUAUGGAGUCAGUGACGAAUUUAGUUUUGUCUUCCACCCCAACUGCCAACUUUUCGAGCGGCGUAAUGGGACCACGCCAUCCAGAAAACUAGUGACUACCAUCGUCUCUACAUUUACAGCACACUACAUUUACAAAUGGAGCGAGUACUUCCCUGAAAGACCUCUCUUGCCGCCGUAUCUGCCAUCUUUUGAUGGGCGUGCGGUCAUCUACCCAAAUAACCGAAUUCUCCGCGAUUAUAUGAGCUGGAGACAAGUUGAUUGUCAUAUCAAUAACCUCUACAACACGACUUUCUGGACAAUGGUUCUUCAGGGUGGAAUGAGUAACACAGACGCCGAGCAAGAGUUAAAGGGCACUGUGUCUGCCGACAAGAAUGAGAUUCUCUUCAAGCGGUUUGGAAUCAACUACAACAACGAGCUGGAGAUCUAUAAAAAGGGCACUGUUCUUUACCGCCAGUACGAGCUGGAGGAACCUAACCCUACAAACCCACCUGCAUACGAAGAAACACCGAUAGUCGAAUCUAAGCAGUCAAGGUCACAGCAAGACAAGAUCCGCAAACUGCGCCGGAAAGCACAGGUCGUGGUUGACCAUGUCGAUAUCAUCAAAGAUGAGUUUUGGGAGAAACGCCCGUGGAUUCUAUCAGGCAAUCCUGGGAAAUUACCCGCGUAG